UCCAUUCAACGGCCACCCCGGAGUCCUUCCUCUAUAUCAACUAUCAGGGUAACCUUGACAAUUGCACCAGACAAGACCGUUCUUUACUUCCAUACUGUAUAUACACUAUACUGAUAUUCUUUAAAAUGCCCCUCCCCAAAGAAUCCUAUCUAAGUAACACGUGGAAGGAUGGCCUGUUCACCAACAAGGUUGUCUUCUGCACAGGAGGCGCAGGAACCAUUUGCAGUGCGCAGGUUCGUGCUCUGGUUCAUCUAGGUGCCGACGCUUGCAUUAUCGGUAGAAAUGUCGAAAAGACCGAGAAAGCAGCCCAGGACAUUGCAACCGCUCGUCCUGGUGCCAAGGUCAUUGGCAUUGGUGCAGUGGAUGUACGAAAAUUGGAGAGUCUCCAAGCUGCGGCGGACCGCUGUGUCAAGGAGCUGGGUGGCAUAGACUAUGUCAUUGCUGGAGCAGCCGGGAACUUUCUAGCCUCGAUCAACCAGCUGUCAGCGAAUGCUUUCAAAUCGGUCAUUGACAUCGACGUUUUGGGAUCCUACAACACGCUCAAAGCUACUAUUCCAUACCUUGUUGAGUCGGCCAAGAAGCACAGAGUGGACUCCGAAACUCUCAAACCCUCUGCAGCAGGCACUGGAGGGCGCAUCAUCUUUGUUAGUGCCACUCUCCACUAUCGGACGGCACCUUUCCAGACGCACGUCUCAGUCGCCAAGGCAGGCGUCGAUGCGCUGUCUCACAGUGUGGCUAUUGAGUUUGGCCCUCUGGGCGUCACUUCCAAUAUCAUUGCACCCGGACCCAUUGCUUCGACAGAGGGCCUCGAUCGCCUCCUUCCCAGUGAUACGAAGGACGCUUACAUCAAGUCGCAGCCGCUAGGCCGAGUCGGCUCUGUACGCGAUAUUUCGGAUGCCACCGUUUAUCUUUUUGCGGACACUGGCAGCUACGUCAGUGGCCAAACUUUAGUGGUGGAUGGUGCAUCCUGGCGGAUGUCGGCCACUGGGGCAACCUUCGGGAAACUUGCGUAUCCCGAUUUCCUUCUUUCUGGCGACGCCGUCCCCAACGUCAAAGGCCAGAAGAAGUCUAAGCUGUAGAGGCGCGUUUUCAUGUUUCUGUACAGGGUAGAAGAUGUCUUGGGUAUUUAUAUCUCAUAGAGGGUACUUUUUGUUCUCCGAGUUAGCUCAUACUACGCUUAGAUAAAGAAGCCUUUAUGAGAGGGACAAAGGCACAGUUCAAUUCUCGGUGUGCUCUGACUCUUUUAGUACUUAGGUUCUAUGUCUCAUAAGGAUAAAUAACAAAGACUAUAUACGAAUUCAGGAC